UGGGGCCCCUGGGCAAUAAGGGAUCAUGGGGCCCCUGUGUCCUUGCCCAAACUCAAAAAAGCGUAUGAAAAAGGUACCAGGGGCAUCUCAUGGGGCCCCAUACUGACCCCGGGCCCUCGGGCAGUGCCCGAGUUUCCAAAUGGUCAGUCCGCCCCUGUUCCUGAAUCGGAUCUCAUGCUGUUUGAAUACAUUUAUUUCUCAUUUGCAAGUUUCACUUUCAUAAUGCAGAGGAAGACAAGGUUCUCAGUACAGUACUCUGCAUCUUGUGCAAUAACUAUGGCCUGUCUUUGAGAAUUCAGCAUUUGCCAUAGUUAUUGUGUUGUCUCUGAUGCCACCUUG